GGGGAACCUUACUGAGCAGCAUACCUGGCCUGCCUGUGAUUAAACACACGUUGGUGCUAUGGCAACACCACAGCCAUCAGGCUCCUUCCUGUUUAGUAACUCCCUUAUGCGUGUUUUGUCAAGCACUGAGGCAAAAUAACAUCCAGUCCUAAUUCCCUAUGUUUGGAGUGUUCUUAAAACACGUAAAUAUAUACUGCAAAAAUGGGGAUGUGUCAUUCUGGAAAAGUCCAGAUUGGAUCAUUACUCUAUUUUAUCUUUCUAAAGCAACCUUUUGAAAUGCUUCCAUAGUUGCGCAGUCUAGGAGAUGGAGGCAUGCAAUGUUGAAUGCCAGCAACUCUGGGGGGGUUCCCUUGAAAUAUUUAUGAGUCAAGGACAGUGUGGAGGCAAGUGGGAGCUGGUUUUCAUACAAAUGCUGCUUUGAAGGCAAACACAACAAAAAUAACAUGAAUAUGUACACAAAGGCACCUGUUUUGCAGCCCAGGAACAGGCUGCUGCCAUGGCUAGGCCCAAUGGCAGUAAACUAACAGAGUCUAAAGCUUCAGCAGUUACAAACUUUUUGAAUUAUGGCAUAAUUUGUGCUUUGGGAGAAAAAUCUGUUGUGUCUUUGAGGGUUUAUUUUAAGGGAGAGGGCAGAGACCAGGCUGCUGCUCUUAAAUGCUGUUGUCAUAAAAUCUGCUGUUAAUGCUGGAAUGCAAUAAUGGUUCGGCUGCCUCCAGUUUAGAACCAGCUUAUCCUGUUACGUAAAACACAUGCCAGUGUGUGUGUAUUUAAUUACUUGUUACUACUUUUUUUCUUUAAAUAGAAAAUAUAAAAGCAAUGGCAGUGUGUAUAUUGGCUCUCUUGUUCCAGACUGCCUGUUCUGCUAAGCGAAUCACAGAAUCAUUCCGGUCGCAAUCUCUCAGAUCGCGUAGUCCAGCUCUCGGCCCAUCCCGGCCACGCAAGUUCACCGUGCGUUUAGCCGCGACAGACACAAAGUCGGAGCGCUCCCGCCUGCGGGGCACCCCGUCCCUUCGGGCCGUAGCGGUUCCUGCACACCGCGGAGCAGCCGGCUCUAUGUGCGGGCACGGCGGCUUUCCCGGGCCUUCCCUGCGUGGAAGGGCUGGAAGACCCCUACAGUUGUUAGAACAGCGAAAUCCCCGCACCGCGUCGCCGCAGGGGAAACGCACGGACAGCGCGCCCGGGCUCCGACGCCGCGUUUUUAACCCGAUGGGAAGAGCGGAGUUGGGGAGGGGAGCGGUUCGGCGGAACGGAAAGCAACGGAACGCCGCGGCGCCGUCCCCGUUGCCGGCGGACGCGCGGACCGAGCGCCCAGAGCGCAGCCAUGGUGGCCACGGCGAGCCGUCCUGCUGCACGCUCCCCACCAGCGCUCUCCUGAACCGUAAUGGCAAAGUUCGGCUGAAUCCCAGCAGCGCUCCGACUGACCUAAAGGGCAGCAUGGUCACCGUGAGGAGGCUGCUCAGCACCUCGCAGUCGUCAGUGGAUCCAAAGGAAUUGAGGAAAUUCCAGCUGCUGGCACACAGGUGGUGGGACGAGCAAGGAGAAUACUCAGCCCUGCAUUCCAUGAAUGACAUCAGAGUGCCGUUUAUUAGAGACACUGUGCUGAACAUGGGCGGCACCUACCAGCAGGGAAGCCCACUUUCUGGGAUCAAGAUUCUGGAUGUUGGCUGUGGUGGUGGACUGCUGAGUGAGCCUCUAGGUAGACUGGGAGCUUCAGUUACUGGAAUUGAUCCUCUGGAAGAAAACAUCAGAGCGGCAGAUCAGCACAAGUCAUUUGAUCCAGUUCUGGCCAAGAGAAUACAGUACAAGUCCAGCUCACUGGAGGAGAUUGUGGAGGAGUCUGUGGAAAUGUUUGAUGUAAUUGUAGCUUCUGAAGUCGUGGAGCAUGUUGCUGACCUUGAAAUGUUUAUCAAGUGUUGCUGUCAGGUGUUAAAGCCUGGAGGUUCUUUGUUCAUUACUACAAUCAAUAAAACUCAGUUGUCCUAUAUCCUGGGAAUUGUGGUUGCAGAAAAAAUAGCAGGCAUUGUACCAGAAGGAACACAUGACUGGGAGAAGUUUGUUCCCCCAGAGGAGCUGGAGCGCCUCUUGGAAGCGAAUGGCUUCUCUGUCAAGGCUGUGAAUGGGAUGCUGUACAACCCCCUCACCAGGUCCUGGAGCUGGAUUGAAAGCACAAGCAUUAACUAUGCCCUGCAUGCUGUGAAAUCCGAGGGUCAGGCACAGACAAGCCAAACAGAGCCUCUCUCAGAGAUGAAAAGUGAACAGUGCUCGGCCACAGCUGGCACCAGCGUGUGACCAGCUGAGAUACAUGCUGAUGGACUGCCACCAGGAACAGAAAAGGUUUUAGACAGGCACAAUAAAGCCUUUUGUAACAACAAGCUUGCUGUUUGCAUUAAUAAUGUUGAUGCCAUUUUUGGCCAAAUAUUUUGGGCAGUCUCAGAAAAAACAAGUGCCUGUUAUCUCAGGAAUCCUUUAAGAUUGAAAUCAGCAAAGCUCUGGAAGAAGUCUUUUUAUAAAAAAAGAAGUUUCAAAUUGUUCCCUCAGUAGCUUUGAGAAGGCUCUUUCUUUGGAUGAUGAUGUUUGUGUCAUCUGAGGAAAACCUGUCUUUCCGUAGAAUGAUAGCUUCAAUGCAGGAUGAGUUGGAAAGCACAAUGUAUGGGAAAUGCUUUAGAUAUUUCAGUUACUCAUGUAUAAAGUACUUCAUGUUAAAAUUCAUGUACAUUUAAAAGCCACAAAACCACAAUCACCACUUGUUUCCACACUGUGCCUUCUUCCUGAAUGGGGAGGGAGGAUGCUGAAAGAAGAGUAGCAACCCUUUGCUGUUGGGUUGUGCUGUUUCUACAGCUGAUCACUGCGGUGGAAAGAGAGUCUUACAGCCCAGAGUGCCUCUGCUGUCAGAAGUCUCAUCGCCGUGAGGUGGCUUUAUCUGUGCCUAUUUUAACCUUCUCCCUGUUCCCGAAUAAAGGACAGUAUAGCUGCAGGUAGAACUUUACUAAGCAACUGGAGCUUUUUGCUAGCUACACAUUGCAUUAGUGGGCUGUCCUAUUGAAAUGCCAUACCUAGUCGUUUGUAAAGUUCUUGUGCCAGCAUAAGGAAAAGUGUUUAUUGAAACAGCACUUUCUAAAUAAAACUUUUCUUUAUGGUUAUAUCUCUUUCUUUUCUCCUUCGCUUUCCCUUGGCUUAUAUAUAGGCAAAGAGGUGGCUUGGCUGUGUUUUUUAAUUUUCAUCCCUGCAAAAUGAAAAUGAAACUUCUUCUGUUGGAUAUUUUACCUGUUGCAGAGGUUUAGUGGGCUAAAUUACUAUAUUAUGUAUUUGUAUUCUUGCUGCUUUGCUCCAUGGUACCUCAGAAUCAAAGCGUUGGAUCUGAUGAUGUAUAUAAGAAUGUAGUUAAUUACUAAGGGAAACAGUAGUAUUUCACAGAUAUCAAAUCUGAAAGGACUCUACUGUGAAUGUUUGUGUGACAGUAAAUUCUGCUUUGUAAUAUCUGUGCUAUAGUUUGGCUUCUGGGAAGAAAAACUAUCUUGAUGUGAAGAGUUCAGUGACGUAGAAGGCAGUUUAUAGGGCUCAUGUAUGGCAUGGGCACCUCACCUACUGUUGCUACACAUAUAUAGAAACCCUGUCAAAUGCGAGAGUUAAGUGGGUGGCACGGACCUUGUAGCCUGUUGCUGUGAAAAUGCAAUCGGUGCUAAGGAAACUAAGUCAAAUAAAUUUGCAAGCCUUUGGCUUUUCUGUUGCAAGUUGUUUCUAAGUAUGGAGCCAUAGUCUUGAGGCUUACAGGAGCAGAGGCUGAAAAAAAAGAAAUGUUAUAGCAGCAGGUAAGCAGCUGAGACUAGGGGUGAGGCAGGAGUGAUUCUUGCCUUGAGAUUGGGAAAAAAGGUUUUUUUUUUCAGCUUCUAUAUUUAUUUGUUACCCCUUGAACCUCCUGUUUCCAGCCAUCUGUUUCUGUAACACAGCAACAGAUCUGAUCACACAGAGCAAAGAUCUGACCUGUCUAAAAGGUGCAACAGAGCAAACUCUGUUGUUCUGGCCAGUCUUAAGCUGUUAGCUCUGAUUUGGCUCCUAUGUCUGAGCUCUCCCACCCUGGUUCAUGCACUACAUUACCGAGUCUGAAGCUUCUCCAAGUUGUUUGCACUCUGAUUCAGCUUACUUGCCCAAUAAAUAAUUGUUUUCUCAGUUCUUUUUUUUUGGGGGGGGCAGUGGUGGCGUUCUGGGAGAGGAAUUUUUCCACUGCUGAGGACUUACAGCAGCCACGUGGAGAGAUAAGGGUGGGGCAGGAUGGCCCCUCAAGGGGCAGGAUGCUUCCAGCAAGAUGAACCUCUCUUGUAAAACUGCCCUUUCAGAUAAUAAUUCAGAUGUUAAUUGCUCUCUAGCCUAAUAGGAGAAGUAUGAGAUCUUCAGAAGAGAUUUACAUAUAAUUUUCUUUCUAAAUAAAAACAGAACUUGGAAGUUUCCCUGAUGUUUUGUUAUGCUAUCUCACUGUCCAUUGUUCCCUUGUGAUCAAGUCUUUUUUAGACCACUUUAACAGAACCUAAACAUUUCUGUACACGUGUUUGCAAACAUCCUGCAUUAAUUCCCUAGGGAGUGGAAGAAAAAGGGAGUAAGUAGUGGGAAGUGAAAAAGGUUGUGACUGUGAAGGGAAUGGAGAAGCUGAUUUCAGAAAAACUUUCUGCAAGAUGGUCUCAAUUCUGAAGUUCUUUCAUUAUGUUGAAACCUCAGCUUUAAUUAAAAGAAAGAAAGAAAAAAAGAUUUCUCCAAGUGCUUCUUAGAAAUGCUUGAAAGAAAUAAUGGCAUGCAAUUGAGAGGUUCAGAGGCCAAGGGGCCCAGCUUCUAUAAUUAACUGGUCUGAUGAAGAAGGCUGGAGGAGGAUAAGUGAAACAAAAAGAUGAACCACCAUCAAAGCGUUGAUUAUGUGGCUGCAGUGCUUUGAGAGGAUCUCAGUUCCACCUGAGUCUUGUCAUAUUAACUCCUGGUGCCUUGUUUCAAAUACCUGCCCCAUCACCAAGCUCCUGGGAAGGAAAGCUGGGCUCCUCUGGCUUCAAAUUGAACGUUGGUCACUUAUUACUCAAGAGGAGCUGCUAGAUCCUCCCUUAUGGUGUUUCUUAUGUUUAAUCAGUCUUGUACUCUGAUGCUUCCAGGUGGAAUCCCACAGUAGAUCUUUGUGCCCAUAUCCCCUUUAUUGGAAACAUACAGUCACAAUACUUCUUUGCUGUGUAUUUCAAGAUGGUGAAGGCUCUAGAGGGGAUGAUAUACAAGAGGUGGCAGAGAUCCCUUGGUUUGCUCAGCCCAGAGCAGAGGAGCUGAGAGGAGGCCUGAUGGCAGCUGUAGCUCCUCACAGGGAGUGGAGGAGCAGCGCUGAGCUCUCUGUGACAGCAACAGAGCUGUGCCAAGGCAGGGCUCUCUGCCCUGACCUCCAGAACCCUCUGCCAGGCUUUGUUGAGUCCACAGAGACAGUAGCACUUAGCACACAGCUGCCCAUCAGCAUCUCUAAAGAAGGUUUUGUGGUUUAUUUCUUCACUGCCUUGGAAUAGCUUUCUACUUUUUCCGCCCGCUGUGGAUUUUAUUGCACUAUCUCCUGCUUCAUGAUGGGAUGAGUGACCAAAAAAUUGUUUCUAUUAUGUAAUGCACAUCUUGCCAUCAUAAUCACAUAUUUUUCCCCAGCUCCAAUGGAAGUAGAAUAUUGCUUUUAUAACCUUUUUAAAAUCAAUUAAUUUUGCUUAGACUGAAUGCUACCAUAAAUUUCAACAAAAAUAUAAUUCUUUUCAGAUUAUUUUUUGUGAUAAAAAUCAACUUGUAUUUCCCCUGCUUCCUGCAGGCUAUAGGAUAAAUCUCUGCCCUUUUAAUAUUCUCACCAACCUUUGUAUCACAGUGACUGUUUUGUAUCUCCACACAUCACCAUUUUCUUGAAGCUAUAUAAAAUGAUGUCAUGUUUGACCCUAGCUAGAAUGGCUAGGUUUUUGUCUGGGAUGUAAAACCACCUGACCUGUCAUAACUUACACACAUUGCACACCCACCUCUCCUGAUGACAUCAGUGCAUUAGGAGCUCAGGAUAUAUAUCUGAUUUACAUUUUAUCGUGUUUUUAUUCCCAUGUGGAGUCACUCCAGUGAUGUAAUCAAUAUUCACUGUCUCUAAAAAACACAUUAUUUUUUCUUCUUAAAAGGACUGUGAAGACCAUUACUGUUCCAUUAAUAAAUUUGAAACCUCUUGUGUCCUCAUGAGUUGGGCCAACUGAAAAAACAAACCCGAAACAGCUGAAAUUAAAAUGUAAAUAUGGCCUUAAAAUUAAGCAACUGUAUUAUAU